UUGUUCAAAGAGAAGAUAGUAUUUUACAACCAGGUUUUAUUUGUACUAGUGGAAAUCAUAGUAGUAGUAUACAAACCUCAUUAUCAAAUGCUAUUACUAUAGCAUACAAUAUGAUUUUUAAAACCAAAACAACAUUUUUUGGAUCAGCUGUAAUUGGUUUAAAUCAGAUUAAUAUUACUUCACAAUUAUUAGAAGAUAUUUAUUUUAUUCUGAUAUUUCUUACUCUUGAUAUAAUUUUAAUAGUAGUUUUGAAUAUAGAAGAUACAGAUACAUAUGAUAAGUUUGCCUCUUCUUUAAUUACUAAAAAAGGAAAAAAUGGUGAUAGAUAUCUAGUAAAACAGCAAAUUGUGAAUAAUAAAUUUAUUCUUGAUUUUUACAAAGAAAUGGAUUUAAAAUUUUAUUAUAAAGAUAAAAGUGCAUUGAAUAAAGAUGUUUGUGCAUGGAAAGCAAUGCUUAAUGCAUAUGGAUGUACAAAUAUUACACCAUUUGAGAAAAAUAUUUCACA